AUGAGGACUCGACUCCGGAUCCCAAGAGCUUCGGGGGACAGUGAGGGGCGCGGGGCGAGUGGAGAAAGUGUGGCCGGGCCCCGCCGAGGCUCUCUUCUCCGCCCUACUCCCCACGACGAGCCCCCACUCCACGAGAGCGGCUCCAGCAGCGAAGCGGAGCCCGAGACCUUGGGGGCCGAGGCUCUGGUCCACUGGGCUCAGAGCUCAGAACCCCGCGAGGACCCCGGGCUUGGCACCGACGCGCUGCUGCCCCGACUCACCUUGGAGACCCGUCUGCCGUGGGAGAGAAGCCCAGGGCCCUGCGGGUCCCCGAGGGAGCGGUGGGAGCCAGAGGAUGAGGCGGAGGAGGACCUGGAGCUGAGCCUAGGGCUGGGCAUGGAGGGGCCGCCCUUCCUGGGCGCUGAAGGCAGGAGCCUUGGGGAAGGCCUGGAAGACACGGAGGACCUGGCUCGGCUGCGACCAGUGUGUAACAGUUCUGUUCUGCAGUGCCUCAAGAAGAGAUUUCAUCUGGGCCGAAUCUACACCUUUGGAGGGCCUCUUCUGCUCUCUCUGAACCCCCGCCGGCCCCUGCCUCUCUUCUCAGCUGAGGUCCUGGCCAGCUACCACCCCAAGAAGGCCCCUAACACCACCCCAUACGUGACUUAACACAUCUUGGCCAUCGUGGUAUCGGCCUAUAGCCGGUCUCGGAGCACUGGGCAGGGCACAUGCAUUCUCCUCGGUGGGCACAGUGGCUCAGGGAAGACAGAAGCUGCCCAAAAGAUCGUGCAGUUCCUAAGCAGCCUGGAGCAGGAACACGCAAGGGACCGAAGAUGUCAACUGGAUGGUGUGCUGCUCAUACUCAGCAGCUUUGGCCACGCCAAGACAGUCCUCAAUGCCAACGCCAGCCGCUUCGGCCAGGUCUUCUGCCUCCACCUGCAGCACGGGGUCAUCGUGGGAGCCUCUGUGUCACAUUACCUGCUUGAGACCUCAAGGGUGGUGUUUCAGGCCCAGGCUGAGCGGAGCUUCCAUGUUUUUUACGAGUUGCUGGCGGGGCUAGACCCUGCGGAACGGGAGCGGCUCUCCUUACAGGGGCCAGAAACCUACUACUACCUCAACCAGGGCCAGUCCUGCAGUCUCCAGGGCAAGGAUGAUGCCCGGGACUUCGAAGGACUGCGGAAGGCCCUGCAGGUCAUGGGCCCCGAGGAGGUGACCGCUGCCUGGGCUGUGCUGGCCGCCAUCCUGCACCUGGGCAACAUUUGCUUCUCCUCUUCCGAGCGGGAGUCCCGGGAGGUGGCUGCCGUGUCCAGCUGGGCUGAGAUCCACACGGCAGCCUGGCUGCUGCUGGUGCCACCUGAGCGCCUAGAGGGGGCUGUCACCAGGAGGGUCACGGAGACACCGUAUGGCUGGGUCUGCAGGUCUCUGCCGGUGGAAAGUGCCAUUGAUGCCAGGGACGCCCUGGCCAAGGCCCUGUAUUCCCGGCUUUUCACCUGGCUUCUGACAAGGAGCAAUGCGAAGCUGGCAGCUCCCGGGGAGGGAGAGAGCGUGGACACCGUCACUGUCGUGGACGUCUACGGCUUUGAGGCCCUGCGGGUGAACGGCCUGGAACAACUGUGCAGUAACCUCGCCAGCGAGCGUCUGCAGCUCUUCUCCAGCCAGAUGCUGCGGGCCCAGGAGCAGGAGGCCUGUCGCCGAGAGCUGCUGCCCUGGGUGCCCGUUCCCCAGCCUGUGGGGGACACCUGUCUGGACCUCCUCGUAGACCAGCCCCACAGCCUCCUGAGUAUCCUGGAUGCCCAGACAUGGCUGUCCCAGGCCACAGACCACACCUUCCUCCAGAAGUGUCACUAUCACCACGGCAAUCACCCCUGCUACGCCAAGCCCCAGCUGCCCCUUCCUAUCUUCACCGUGAGGCAUUACGCUGGGCCUGUCACCUACCAGGUUCACAAAUUUAUAAACAGAAACCGGGAUCAUCUUGACUCUGCCGUGGUGGAAAUGCUUGCCCAGAGCCAGCUCCAGCUUCUGGGCAGCCUGUUCCAGGAAGCAGAGUCCCAGUCCAGGGCUGGGCCAGGGAAACCCACCCUGGCCUCUCGCUUCCAGCAUUCCCUGGAGGACCUCCUAGCCCGGCUGGGCAGGAGCCAUGUCUAUUUCAUUCAGUGCCUCAAACCCAACCCAGGAAAGCUUCCGGGCGUCUUUGAUGUGAGACACGUGGCCGAGCAGCUGCGCCAGGCUGACAUCCUGGAGGCAGUGUGUACCCGCAGUGCCAACUUCCCUGUGCGCCUGCCCUUCCAGGCCUUCCUGGCCAGGUUCCAGGCCCUGGACACAGAGGCGCGGGGAGAGACCUCUGACCGCAAGAGGUGUGGCGCCAUCCUGAGUAAGGUUCUGGGGGCCGAGUCACCCCUCUGCCACCUCGGGGCCACCCAGGUCCUACUGCGGGAGCCGGGCUGGCAGCAGCUGGAGCAGCACUGGGCCCGGCGACGCUCCCAGGCCCUGCUCAGCCUGCACGUCAGCCUGCACGUCAGCCUGCACACCUGCAUCUCCCGCCAGCGCCUUGGCGGUCUACUCCUGCCACGGAUGCAGGCGCACGUGCGAGGGCUCCAGGCCAGGAAGCGGAACCUCUGGCAGCGGGCAGCUCUGGGACAGCUGAACAGCGUCCUGCUGGUGGCGUGGCCCCUGCUCCGGAGGCGACAAAGAUUGCAGGUAUCUGGGUGGGGCUGCUGCCCCUGGCAGCUCAGGGCAGAGAAGUCAGGCAGCCUUGCUGGUCAAGAGCUGGGGCGCUUGGAGAUCCCGGCUGAGGUGGCCGUCAUGCUAAAGACAGCGGAAGGCCAUCACCAUGCCUUGGUUGGGAGCAUCACCGAGUCCAUGCCCCCUGAAGUUCCUGCCCGGACCAGCCUGACCCUCCCACCAGACAUCGACCAGUUCCCGUUCUCCAGCUUCAUCUCCACUAACUUUCAGGAGCCCGCCCUGCCCAGCCCUGGGCAGCUGCUGGCCAAGCCCCUGACCCGGCUGGAUGGUGAGAACCCUCAGCAUGCCCUGGAUAUCAACAAAGUGCUGCUGAGGCUCCUGGGGGACGGGUCCCUGCCCCCCUGGCAGGAGCAGAGCAUGGGCGAAUACCUGGUGCGACAGGGCCAGCGCCGGCCAGGGCUGCGGGACGAGCUCUUCAGCCAGCUCGUGGCCCAGAUCUGGCACAACCCGGAUGAGCAGCAGAGCCAGCGCAGCUGGGCCCUCAUGGCCAUCCUGCUCAGCGCCUUUCCCCCCAUGCCCACCCUACAGAAGCCACUGCUGAAAUUUGUGUCCGACCGGGCCCCCAGAGGCAUGGCAGCGCUGUGUCAGCACAAGCUGCUGGGGGCCCUGGAGCAGACGCAUCUGGCCCCUGAGAUGGCCCGGGCCCACCCCCCCACCCAGCUCGAGUGGACCGCCGGACGGCGGCGGGGCCGCAUGGCUCUGGACGUCUUUACCUUCACUGAGGAAUGCUACUCAGCCGAGGUGGAGUCCUGGACCACGGGGGAGCAAUUCGCCGGGUGGAUUCUGCAGAGCAGAGGCCUGGAGCUGCCCCCGCGUGGCUGGUCCGUGUCACUGCACUCCGGGGACUCCUGGCAGGAUUUGGUGGGCUGUGACUUUGUGCUGGACCUCAUCGGCCAGACUGAGGACCUGGGGGACCCAGUCAGUCCCCACAGCUACCCCAUUGCCUCCCGUGGCUUAGCUGAGGACAUCCCCCCUGCCCCUGGCAUCCAGGCCCCUUCAUUGCCCCCAGGUCCACCCCCGGGGCCAGCCCCAGCACUACCCAGCAGGAGCCAGUCAGGGGAGUCUCGGACCUCAGAGAACCUGGAUGGCUUCCUGGACCACCUCUUCCAGCCAGUCCUCUCCCCAGGCCACAGUGAUCUGGAGCAAGGCUGGGCUCUGAGCAGGCGCAUGAAGGGAGGGGGCGCCAUUGGGCCCAUGCAGCAAGGCAGCUACCCCAUGGUUUACCCAGGGAUGAUGCAGAUGCCCGGAUACCAGCCAGCCAUGAUGCCUGCCCCCGUGCCCAUGAUGCCAGCAAUGGGCGCAGUCCCUGCCAUGCCAGCCAUGGUGGUGCCGCCGCCGCCGCCGCAGCCCCUGCUUCCCAGCGUGGACCCGAGGCAGCUGGUGGCCCAGCAGCAGAACUUCAUCAACCAGCAGGCGCUGAUUCUGGCCCAGCAGAUGACCGCCCAGGCCAUGACCUUGUCGCUGGAGCAGCAGACACAGCAGCGCCAACACCAGGCUCAGCCUCUGGCCCGGGCCCCCGGAGCUGCCUCGCCGAGCUCACCCCCAGCCGUCGCCCCCAAGCCCAAGAAGCCCCUGGCCCCGCGCGGGGAGCCAGAGCAAGAGCUGAAAUCGGUGGGUGCCUGUCUGGGGCCGGGGGGGAGCCGAGGCCAGACCUCACAGGAGGCCCGAGAGAAGCCCCAGCGGCCCAGGAGCUUCCAGCAGAAACAGGACUAUUUCCAGAAGAUGGGGCAGCAGCAGAUCAAGGUGAAGACAGUGAAGCCUCCACCCAAGGUACAGAUCCCCCAGGAGCAGGAGCAGGAGCAGGAGCAGGAACAGGAACAGGAGGAGAUACCAAGAGCAGUGCCAUCCCCCCCACCUCCCCCCAUAGUGAAGAAGCCACUGACACAAGGUAGAGUCAAAGCUGCACAAGAGGCUGAGGCUGAGCCAGCGGCCCCGGGGGUGGGGCCUGGUGGUCACCCUAAGCCAGCCCCCCAACAGCGGGCAGAGCCAAGCAGGGAGAUUCGCAACAUCAUCCGCAUGUACCAGAGUCGCCCGGGCCCCGUGCCCGUGCCGGUGCAGCCAUCCAGGAAGCCCCCGAAAAGUUUCCUGAAGAAAAACAACCCUAAGGAUGAGGCUCUGGCUAAGUUGGGGAUCAGCGGCGCCCACGCAUCCAUGUCGAUGCCAUCCCCCAGCCCAGGGAAGGGCCCCCCACCAGCUGUGGCCCCUCGACCCAAGGUCCCACCACAGCUUGGGCCCUCCAGCUCCAUCAAGGAGAACCAGACUCCGCCUGCUGCCCAGGCACCCUCACCUCCACCAGCGCCCCCGCUGCCUCUGCCUGAGGAACCAGGGACCCCUUCAGCUGGGCCCCGCGGCUGGAUGGAGCCCAUGGAGGACCAGGGAGUCUCCACCCAGCUGCUCGUGCCCUCCGGCAGUGUGUGCUUCUCCUAUGUCAACCCACCCUGGAGGUUGUUCCUACGCAAGGAGGUGUUCUACCCCCGGGAGAACUUCAGCCACCCCUACUGCCUCAGGCUCCUCUGUGAGCAGAUCCUGAGGGACACCUUUGCCGAGUCCUGCAUCCGGAUCUCCCAGGAUGAGCGGAGCAAAAUGAAAGAGCUGCUGGGAGACCUGGAGGUGGGUCUGGACUCGCUCAACACCACUGAGGACAGUGUCAAGAAGCGUAUCGUGGUGGCCGCUAGGGACAACUGGGCCAAUUAUUUCUCCCGAAUUUUCCCUGUCUCGGGCGACAACAGCAGUGAUGUGCAGCUGCUGGGCGUGUCCCACCGGGGACUGAGACUGCUCAAGGUGACCAAAGGCUCCGGCUUCCACUCAGAGAACCAGCUGAAGACUCUGUGUUCAUACAGCUUUGCUGAGGUGCUGGGCGUGGAGUGCCCGGGCAUCUCCACCCUGGAGCUGUCACUGAAGAGUGAGCAGCUGGUGUUGCACACGGCCCGGGCGAGUGCCAUCAAGGCCAUGAUUGAGCUGUUCCUGAGUGAGCUCAAGAAGGACUCCGGCUACGUCAUCGCCCUGCGAAGCUACAUCACCGAUGACCACAGCCUCCUCAGCUUCCACCGUGGGGACCUCAUCAAGCUGUUGCCAGUGGCCACGCUGGAGCCCGGCUGGCAAUUUGGCUCCACCGGGGGCCGUUCUGGACUCUUCCCUGCCGACAUAGUUCAGCCAGCUGCUGCCCCAGACUUUUCCUUCUCGCCAGAGAGGAGUGGCCGGCACAAGAGUCAGCUGCAGCACAGUGAGCCGGGGCUGGCUCAGUGGAGGAGGGCAGAGUGCCAUACCCACCCCUGGAGCCAGGCACACAGCAAUGACUCUGUAGCCUCCAUCUCUCUGUCCACGGACUCCCGCCACUACACCAUGCAGGAAUUUGCCCUGUACCACUUCCGGAAGCCCCAGACCUUGCUGGACCACACCGGUGGAGAUGCUAAGGAGCAGGCCAUGGCCAGCCUGGUGCAGUACAGCAAGGAUCCCAUACGAGAAUCGCUCAACAGCCUCAGUGAUGAGGACACAAACAGGCAGGCUGUGGAAAGCUUCCAGGCUCUGAUGCAAUUUAUGGGGGACCAGCCUAAGCCCCGGGACAAGAAUGAGUUAGAGCUCCUUCAUGACCUCCUGAAGCUGUGCCAGGAGAAGGAGAACCUCAGGGAUGAGAUUUACUGCCAAGUCAUCAAGCAGGUCACCAGACACCCUCAGCCGGAACACUGUGCUCGCGGCUGGAGCUUCCUCAGCCUCCUGACAGGCUUCUUCCCCCCGUCAGCCACGCUGAUGCCCUACGUAACAAAGUUUCUGCAGGAUUCAGGCCCAAGCCAAGAACUGGCCCAGAACAGUCAGGAACACCUCCAGCGCACAGUCAAAUAUGGGGGGCGCCCACGGCUGCCCUCCCCGGGCGAAACUCAUGCUUUCCUGAAAGGGCAAGGAAUCCGCUCGCUUAUAAUUCACCUGCCAGGGGGUAUGGAUUACAAAACCAAUAUCCGGACUUUCACGGUGGUGGCAGAAGUGCUGGAGGAGCUAUGUCUGCAAAUGGGCAUCACAGACCCCCAGGAAGUGCAGGAAUUUGCCCUCUUCCUCAUCAAAAGAGGAGGCGAGCUGGUGCGGCCCCUGUGGCCCCACGAGUACCUCAACAGCGUGGUGGAUCAGGAUGUAAGCCUGCACAGCCAGCGGCUCAGCUGGGAGACCCCGCUGCACUUCGAUAAUCCAACCUACAUCACCACCCACUACAUGCAGGUGCUGCGGGACUACCUACAGGGGAAGCUGUUGAUCAGCCCCCAGGCCAGCGCCCGACUCGCCAGGCUGGCUGCCCUGCAGCACCGUAGCAAGGCCCAAGAGGACCCCCUGUCGGAGCAAGACCUGCUGGCUUACUUGCCAAAGCCACUACAAUCAAAAGUGAACAUACCCAUCAUAAAGAACCUGAUGGACCAGGAGCUGAGGCAGCUGCAAGUCUGCAGCUCCCAAGAAGCACAGAUCAGCUUCAUCGAGGCUGUGAGCCAGCUGCCCCUCUUUGGCUACACUGUCUAUGUGGUGCUGCGGGUGAGUCAACUGGCCCUGCCCAGACCCAGCCUCCUGGGACUGAACUGCCAGCAUAUCAUCCUCAUGGACCCCUGCAACCAGAAAUGGUGCUGCUCCAUCGCCCUGAAGGACCUGCACCGGCUCCACCUGCUGAGCCCCCUGGAGAGUAACGGGCCCCCUGGCCUGGAACUCAACUAUGGCUCUGCUGACAACCCCCAGACCAUCUGGUUUGAGCUGUUCAAGGCCCAGGAGCUGAAGUACACCAUCGCCUUCCUGCGGGACAGACUUGCUCCCAACUAG